AUGAAAGAAGCUUUCCUUGCUCCCGAUCUUGCUCCGUUACGGAUACAUUUGCUCAACAGCAUUCCCUCGGAUGAUUCGGAAAGAAGCAAUGUGGAAAAGUCUUUGUGCAUGGUCAAAGAGGUGUUGGAGACUCUAGUUGAAGCUCUUGGCAGUCACUUCAAAAUCCUUGAUGCCGCUAUUCUCAAUGCAGCGACAGCAGACGAAGGGACUUCAUCAAGAGCAAGUCAACACAAGUCGCUCACGAAAGAAGAGCAAGGAGCAUCGCGGUUGAUCGAGGACAACUUCAAGCAAUACUCACAACGACUGCAUGAGAUCUCGUCAUGGUACUCGCAAUUGACUAAAAGAAUAGAGUCUAUCGAUGCAAAACUCUGUGAAGAGAGUGAGAAUCUGAAAAAGUUGAAUGUGAAGAUUUUACAGUUCGACGAAACAGUUCGACAAGCUCAGAAAGAUAUCACAACACAAAACCUUAAGCUCAACAACCUGCAGAACGAUUACAUCUUCUUCGAGAAAGAAACAAUGCCAACGUUGAGCAUGCUCCAGGAGCAUGUUAACAAUCUCAACAAUGUUCUUGAGAUCGGCCAUCAAUCUUCUCCUUCUAUUCAAGUGCAAAUGCAUAACGAAGCAAUCGAGAGUACGAGGUUGAAAAACAUAUCCCAGAGCAUCGAAAAUCUUACGAAGGACAAUCAUGAAUCCCUCAACCAAGUUAGCCCAGUCGAAGAGAUAAUCAAUCAAUGGGAAGUUUUUCAUCAAAGCGUCGAAGAUAGAAUAGGGCACGCUGUCAAGCAUCACAUCGACGACUUGCUAAUAGAGUCAUUAAAUGAUCCAGGAAAACGAGCCAACACUAUAAAGAUCAUACAUGCGCUCUCAGAUGAAGCAGCUUACAGACACAUACUUACGACUCUAGAUUUGAAGGUUGAUAAACGACAUUUUCAAAUAUUUGCUGCAAAGUAUAGUGAACAAGUGGAGGCUUUGGCAAGACAAGUUAUGAAAACCAAUUCGGUAUCAUGUCGAUGCAAACAGAACAACCUUGCAGCAUCAGAACGGGACAGUCGUGUCCCACUUCUUUCGAUUGGGCUGGCAAAGAACACAAAGCUCCAGGGAAUUGCUGCGGGUCAUCCCGCGCCAGCGUGUCAAGAGGCUUUGACCGGCGGGGCGAAGGUAUAUGCCAACUAUCGACCAAGAACAUCGAGAUCAUGA